AUGACCUCCGCGAUCGAGAAACUGUCCGCGUACGCGCGCCCGUCGGCGUGGGCACUCGAGCCAGAGUCCUCGACGUUCGCGCCAAGCUCGAAGUGGUCGAACAAGGACAUGGACCCCGUUCCGCCCCAGAAGCGGACGUGGUCCACCUUCAACUACGUCGCGUACUGGGUCUCGGACGCCACGAACUCGGCGGUGUGGGAGCUCGCGUCGAGCAUGCUCGCUAUCGGGCUGUCAUGGCGUCAGGCGCUGCCCGCGAUUGCGGUCGGGCACAUAAUCAUCUCGGUGGUGAUGGUCCUCAACGGCACUAUCGGAGCACGGUUGCACGUCGGUUUUCCGGUCCUCAAUCGGUCCUCGUUCGGGUUCUGGUUCAGCUACUUCAGCGUCAUCUCGCGUGUCAUCCUGUCCAUGUUCUGGUUCGGCAUCCAAACCUACACCGGCUCGGAGUGUGUGUACCAGAUGUUGAAGGCGAUCUGGCCGUCUCUCGCUCGGUUGCCGAACCACUUACCUGAGAAUGCGAACAUCACGACUGCAGGAAUGAUGUGCUACUUCUUGUACUGGCUCAUCCAAUUUCCUUUCAUGCUCAUCUCGCCGCAGAAGAUUCGAUGGCUCUUCGUUGUGAAGGUCUUCAUCGUCCCCCCCGCAUGGCUCGCCAUGCUUAUCUGGGCGUUUGUCAAAGUCCCGGCGAACAAGGGCCUGUUCGACCAGCACUCGUCGCUGUCGGGCAGCGCGCUGUCGUACGCAUGGCUGAAUGCGCUCAACAGCGCCCUCGGAAUCUACUCGACGCUCGCGGUCAACAUCCCCGACUUUACGCGUUACGCGAAGAACGAGAAAGCGCAAUACGUCCAGCUCAUCAUCAUCCCCGUCAUGUUCACGCUCAUCGGGUUCACCGGCAUCGCGGUCACCUCCGCCGGCAUGGUGCUCUACGGGAAGGUGCUCUGGGACCCGCUCACGCUGAUCAACGAAUGGGACAACCGCGCGGCGGCCUUCUUCGCCGCGUCCUCCUUCCUCCUCGCCACCCUCGGCACGAACAUCUCCGCGAACUCGCUCUCGGCCGCGAACGACAUGACCGUCCUCUUCCCGCGCUACAUCGACAUCCGGCGCGGCCAGGUCCUCUGCGCGAUCCUCGGCGGCUGGGCCCUCGCGCCCUGGGAGAUCCUCGCGAGCGCGUCCGGCUUCCUGUCGUUCAUGAGCGGCUACAAGGUCUUCCUCGGGCCCUUCGCGGGGAUCAUGGUGGCGGACUACUGGAUCGUGCACAAGGGCAAGGUGGACGUGCCGUCGAUGUACCGCCCCCACGGCCGGUACCGGUACACGGGCGGCUUCAACUGGCGGGCGGUCGUCACGAUCCUCGUCUCCGUCCCGCCGAACCUGCCCGGGCUCAUCAACUCGAUCAACCCGAAGAUCGCGGUGGGCGGGGCGACGAAGGUCUUCAGCUUCGCGUGGCUGUUUGGGUUCUUCGUCUCGCUGGUCGUGUACUCGGUUCUCUCGUUGGUGUGGCCGGCGGAGGAGACGUUCAUCGAGGAGGCGAUCACGAGCGAGGACGCGGACGCGGUGAGCGAGAGCUCUUCCCACGUCGAGAAGGGCGUCGACGCGGAUGCGAGGGCUGCGUAG